CCAAUCAGGUUUCAGAAGCUUGCACUGCACCAUGAAGCAGAACUCUUCCUUCUUCCUCAGCAAAAGAGCUCUCUUCUCUCCCUGCCUCCUACCCUUGUUCGCCUUGGCAGUGCUCGUCGUCGUCCUCUCCGGCCAGGACUUCAUCAGUUUCGUCCAUCUCGGGACGCAGCGUCAUACAUUCCGGCCAACAAACGAGACAGUAAGAGACCGCCUCAGCAUUGAGAAGCUGCCAUUUGUGAUAAGGAGAACGGAGGGGGAGUGCGAUAUAUUCGACGGCAGGUGGUCGAGAGACGAGCAGAGUCGGCCGCAUUACGACGAAUCGGAGUGCCCUUACAUCCAGCCGCAGCUGACCUGCCAGGAGCACGGGAGGCCCGACAAGGAUUACCAGCACUGGAGGUGGCAGCCUCACGGCUGCGGCUUGCCCCGCUUCAACGCCACGCUCAUGCUGGAAACUCUCCGGGGGAAGAGGAUGAUGUUCGUCGGCGACUCCUUGAACCGAGGCCAGUUCAUUUCCUUGGUCUGUCUUCUCCACUCCGCCAUCCCACACAACGACUCCAAGUCAAUGGAGACAAAAGGCUCCUUCCAAAUCUUCACCGCAAAGGAUUACAAUGCGACAAUCGAGUUCUACUGGGCGCCAUUCCUCCUGGAAUCCAAUUCCGACGAUGCUGUCAUCCACAGGAUGAAAGACAGAAUCGUGAGGGAAGGAUCCAUCGACAAGCACGGGCAGCACUGGAAGGGCGCCGAUGUUUUGGUGUUCAAUACGUAUCUUUGGUGGAUGACAGGCUUGACAAUGAAGAUCCUACAAAGAGAAGGAUCGUUCACAGAUGAAGUGAAAGAUAUCGUGCAGCCAUCUACAGAGGAUGCUUACCGCAUGGCGAUGACAAGCAUGCUGGAGUGGGUACACAGAAACAUGGAUCCAGAGAAGACGAGGGUCUUCUUCGUGACAAUGUCGCCUUCUCAUGAAAAGAGCAAAGAUUGGGGUGGCGAGGAAGGAGGCAAUUGCUACAAUGAGACGACGCUUGUCGAAGAUCCCACUUACUGGGGCUCUGACUGCAGGAAGGGAGUGAUGCAAGUUGUUAGAGAGGUGUUGGGCGAAAGCGAGGUGCCCAUCACUGUGCUCAACAUCACGCAGCUCUCGAGCUAUCGCAAAGAUGCACACACGUCGAUAUACAAGAAGCAGUGGACGCCACUGACGCCGCAGCAGAUCGCCAACCCGGUGAGCUACGCCGACUGCGUGCACUGGUGUUUGCCUGGGCUGCAGGAUACCUGGAAUGAGCUGCUUUUCAGCAAGCUCUUUUAUCCCUGACCUGAGAGAGAACUGUGUAUGAUCGGUUGUCAUGUGUAUUACAGAGUUAAGAUAUAAAUCUAGCAUGCAUAAUUUUUAAAUUUAGUGUGAUUUUUUAUGUUUAUCUAAU